ACAUAAUUGCCUUCUUUCUCUUUGCAUACGUUUCGUGCGUUGAUAAAUUUUUUCCAACUUGUCGUCGGCACCGUUUUUUAUUAUUAUUUUUUCAAUAAAAAUUUCAUAAGAAAAUUUAUUGCAAAACAAAUAUUGCAUUUAAACAAUUUGUUUAGUGUAAAAAGCGUGUAUUAAAAAAGUUAUAGUGCAUAAAUAAUACAAAUUGCAAAAAAAAAAAAAUACCACACACACUUUCUCAAGUUGAGUGAAAAAUUUUAGGAAAAAAACAAGAAGAAAAAAAGGCUGGCAAAAAAGGCAAUCAAAUUAGUAAGAACAAAACAAACGCCAGAAAAAAGUGAAAAGUCUUUUUUAGCGAGCGGGCCAAAUAAUUAUCAUCAUCACACUGCUCUACACAUUCAUUCAGUAAUAACAAGGAAAAAUAACAAUUUGUUGCAAAAAAAAAAAAAAAAUUGAAGAAAAGUAAUUUACAACAGUUAAGAAAAUUGUGUCCUACAAAUUAAAACUGCUGCUGGCUUGCUGAAAACAUUGUAAUAAUAUCUGUGCUGAAAACUUCCGGGUUAAAAUUAUUGCAAAAAAGCCAAUAAAAAGUUAUAAACUGCUUGGAAAAAGAGAAAUAUAAACAAGCAACAUAAAGCAAUUAACUGUGUGUGUCUGUUUUUUUACAAAAUAAAUCCAGUUUUGGGCAACACAACUUCUCAACAAUUCGCCAGCAAAUAGCAAGCAACAUCAACAUUACCAACAUCAACAACAUUGUCAUUGUUGUCAACGAUAUUCAUUGCUCACCACCACUGCUGUUGUUGAAAACACCGUCGUCGUCGUAGUUGCUGUUGUUACUCCCCAUAGAAGAUUGGCAGGCAACAAUUAAAAAUGGCCGCAGUUAAUGAUUGCUUCAGUAUUGGAUCCACAGUAAUGUGCACGACCUGCUUCAAUGAGGAAUUUGAAGGAGAAGUGCUAGCAUUUGAUCACAACACAAAAAUGCUUAUUUUAAAAUGUCGUUCAAAGAAUGCUGAAAAUUUAAAUGAUGUUCAUGUCUUGAAUCUAUCUCUAUGCAGCAAUGUUCAAGUGGUCAAGGAGUGUAAUGGUAACUAUGUUGAUGAUCCCCAGAAAUUGAAUUUGGAACAAUUGAAAUUACGACUACGCAAAACAGUGCAACAUCGACAAACGUAUCUCAAGUCGAAAAAUGCUGAUGUUAGCCCAGAGGCACAAGAAUUAUACAGAGUGAUUGCUAAGCAAUUUAAGCAUAAUGAAGUCUCUUGGCAAGGUUUAAAUAUACAAAUAUUUAAUGAAGUCACCAUAACACCACCAUAUAGGGCGGAAAACGUUGUCUCAACAUCAAAUAAUAAAAGUUUAUGCAACUAUAUUAAGAAAAUGAUUGAAAAUUUUAUUAUUAACAGAGCAUCAUCGCAAGAUAGUAAUGUUGUUGCUGUUAUGGGUAGUAGUACUUCGUCAGCUUCAUCACCAACAUCUGCAUCAUUGUCAUCAAGUAAUGCGGCAGCCGGUUCACCAGUGCCUGCUAAUUCAUAAUAAUUUAAAAAAUAAAAAAGUUUUAAAAAACAAGAAACAAAAAACACCAAGAACAACAACAAUAAAACAAAACAAAGUAAAAAUAUACAAA